GGACGUGCUAGGCGCACGGCGCGCUUGAUUAAAUGACGUCACUGUGUUUCAUGUCGACGGGAGUGUGCGCCAUCUUGAAGCGAAAGCAAAUCACGGGCUGAUCCCGCUCUCGCUGAACCCGCUCUCAUUCCGCGCUCGUUCAUACCGUCCGCCCGGCUGAGCUCGAGGAUAAGCCGCGCUGAAGGCUCGAGGCACAGGCACCGGAGAUGAUGGCAGGGGUUGGUGGAGGCAAUGAUUUCCAGUGGUGCUUCUCCCAGGUCAAAGGAUCCACAGAUGAAGAUGUUGCAGAAGCGGACAUUAUCUCAACUGUUGAAUUUAACUAUUCUGGGGAGUUACUAGCCACAGGAGACAAAGGGGGAAGAGUCGUCAUAUUCCAGAGAGAACAGGAGAGUAAAAACCGCCCACUCUCAAGAGGGGAAUACAACGUGUACAGCACUUUUCAGAGUCAUGAGCCUGAGUUUGAUUACUUGAAAAGUUUAGAAAUCGAGGAGAAGAUCAAUAAAAUCCGAUGGCUCCCGCAACAGAACGCUGCACACUUUCUCCUGUCCACAAAUGACAAAACAAUUAAACUAUGGAAGAUUAGUGAAAGGGACAAACGAGCGGAAGGAUACAACCUUAAAGACGAAGAUGGAAGACUGCGAGAUCCGUUUCGAAUCACAUCACUACGGGUUCCUGUGCUGAUGCCGAUGGACUUGAUGGUGGAAGCCAGCCCACGCAGAAUAUUUGCAAACGCACAUACAUAUCACAUCAAUUCCAUUUCAGUAAAUAGUGAUUAUGAAACAUACCUUUCUGCAGACGACCUCAGAAUAAACCUCUGGCAUUUAGAAAUCACAGAUAGAAGUUUUAACAUUGUAGAUAUAAAACCAGCCAAUAUGGAGGAGCUGACAGAGGUGAUAACGGCGGCCGAGUGUCACCCACACCAGUGUAACGUCUUUGUAUACAGCAGUAGUAAAGGAACCAUCCGCCUGUGUGACAUGAGGGCCGCCGCGCUCUGCGAUAGACAUAGUAAAUUUUUUGAGGAGCCAGAAGAUCCCAGCAGCCGGUCGUUCUUCUCAGAAAUCAUCUCCUCCAUAUCCGACGUCAAGUUCAGCCACAGCGGUAGAUACAUGAUGACCCGCGAUUACCUCUCCGUUAAAGUUUGGGACCUGAACAUGGAGAACCGGCCCGUAGAGACCUACCAGGUACACGAGUACCUACGUAGUAAGCUGUGCUCGCUCUACGAGAACGACUGCAUUUUCGACAAGUUUGAGUGCUGUUGGAACGGUUCAGACAGUGCCAUCAUGACGGGCUCCUACAACAACUUCUUUAGGAUGUUUGACAGGAACACGCGCAGGGACAUCACACUGGAGGCGUCGAGGGAGAACAGUAAACCCCGUGCCAUGCUCAAACCCCGCAAGGUCUGCACCGGCGGCAAACGGAAGAAAGACGAAAUCAGCGUGGACAGCCUGGACUUCAACAAGAAGAUCCUACACACCGCCUGGCACCCGAAAGAGAACGUCAUAGCUGUGGCCGCCACCAACAACCUGUAUAUAUUCCAGGACAAACUUAAUUAAAAAAGGAGAAAAAAAAAAGAAAGAGUGAUUUAAAAACCAAGAAGAAACACAAAUCAAGAAAAAAAAGAAACAUCCCCUCCUCCCCGUUACCCCCGACGCAGGUCGGCGGACACUCAAGAAAUCUCGUACUUUACUUAGUCGUUAAAUCUGUUCGAGAAACGUGGCCAUCCUGACAAAGAAGGGAAGCCCUUGUUUUUCACAUGUAGUCAAGGAAGCUGAGAGACAUUUGUAUAUUUUGGAAAAAGUCAAUUAUAGAAAAACAAAAUAAAAGCAGAGGUGAAGGCCAAUUUCACCAAUCAGCAUCAAGACCAGAUCAACUUUUUGCAAAAGUCGUACAUGUAUUCGUCUUUCGGCUGAGCCUUAAGUUUUUAUGAUUUGACGACCAAAAGUACGGGAACCGCACCAGGAUGAGUAACGUCUCGCUGUCAAUCGUAUGUACUCGCUGUUCGACUUUGAAAUUCAGGCCUUCAUGAGCGUUUGUUUCUUGCCUGUUAACAUUCCUUCCCCUGGCCCGACUCUCAGGCCUUGCUCUUCUACCUUUUUAAGCACUUAGAACAGGUCUCCAAUUUGGUCAGUGGACAGUUUCUUGUUUCUGUUUUCUUUUUUCGUUUUUACUUUUGUUCUGUUUUUAUACCUUUCUUUUCUUGUUUUCUCAUGCAUAAUAUCUACUCACUGACUGUAUCUAUAUAUUACACCCGACGGUGUCAAACCAACCACUUAAUAAAAGUAACAUAACUACAAAGAGAAAGCGUUUUUACAUUAUGAGCAGGUAUGUAUGAAUUUUAUGUUCUAUAUUUGCAUGUAAUCUGCAUUAUGUAGAUCUGGAGCACCAGUGGUUAAAAUGUGAAACCUGUAUCGGCAGCGUUAUUGGGGAAUUCAACCCCCCAAAAAACGUAAAUGGAUUUGUUUUUGGCCUCGACUUUAUGAUUCACUUGAGAUUUAAGACUACGUCAAACCACCAAACGUAAUUCCCUGAUAAUGAGCCGGCUGGGAAGCAAAUCUCCAUGUUGUACUACUUGAAUUUGCAGUUGCACUGUUUGAAUGAGGACAUUGGCCAUAAGCAUCAGUAUUGCCGUCUGAUUUGCUUUAGAUUUUGGUAUUACAGUUAUUUUUCUUUCUCGGUUUUCUUUUGUAAAGGGAAUAGGGAUUCUACCGCCUUAAGUCUGUCCUAAAAUAAUCCUCGCCUGAUAACCUUGAGGACUAGAUGAUCUCGACAUCAUCUUACCUUACCCACAAUUUUUCCCACAUGGAUUGUUUGUCCUUCUAGCACUCCGUUUGUCCGUUCAUGUGCUGCUACGGUUCUUGCGGCUUAGUAUUUGGACACUAAUAUACAAGAUAUCGUACGGUCGGUGACCGGCGUAGAACACUCAAAUUGAAACCGAUGUGUCGAGUGCCUCUAGAGACAAAACUGGCUUUCCUCCAGUCAAUCGAAGUUAAACUGAUCACACACCAGUGUCGAGAUACUCCGUUGGCUCAAUUCCUGCGCAACCUUUGCGCUGAACUUGACCUAAGCGGAUUUAUCGUGCAUCAG